AUUGGGCAUUCACUGAUUCACGACUCUCGGGUCCUGUCAUCUGGAUUGUUCAAAGUUGGAAGCUUUCUUUCAUCAUACUCGAACUCCCGAAGUGGUUUUUUGGUGGUUAUGGCAGUUCCUUUGCGAAAGUUUACCGCCAUCUUCUCUACAAGGGGUGUCGGUCAUCGCAUAUCUGAGGUGGAAUGGUUCCAUCGCCUCCGUGCUUCUUAUUCUUCUUCCUUGGGGCCUCGCUCUUGUCUCAGCUGUCGGCAAUUUUCGGAAUCUACAUUUGAUCGAGUCGGCCCAAGAGCUUCAUCUGCCAAUGUUGAUGAUGAUGCUAGCAUGGAUUAUACGGAAUUCAAGAAGUGGCAUAACGGAGGUGGCUUUUUCCACAAGUCAGCCUGUAUUGAUUCAACUACAGUUAUAGAAAUCGGUGCAGUAGUUCAUCCAAAAUCUAUACUUGGUGCUGAUGUUCAUAUCGGUUCAGGUGCUAUCAUAGGGCCUGCAGUUACAAUUGGGCCAUUGACAAGAAUCGGGUAUAAUUCUGUUCUUAGUAAUUGUUCUAUCGGUGAAUCAUGCAUUAUCCACAAUGGAGUAUGUGUUGGUCAAGAUGGAUUUGGGUUUUUCAUAGAUGAGCAAGGAAACAUGUCGAAGAAGCCACAAAUGUUGCAUGCAAGGAUAGGGAACCAUGUGGAAAUAGGUUCUAAUACGUGUAUUGAUAGGGGCAGUUGGAGAGAUACUGUCAUAGGGGAUCAUUCAAAAAUAGAUAAUUUAGUUCAGAUAGGUCACAAUGUUGUGAUUGGAGAGUGUUGCAUGCUUUGUGGACAAGUUGGUCUUGCUGGUUCAGUGACGUUGGGAGAUUACGUCACUUUGGGGGGAAGGGUAGCAGUUCGGGACCAUGUUAAUAUUGCAUCAAAGGUUCGCCUUGCAGCCAACAGCUGUGUUACGAAGGACAUCAGUGUGCCUGGUGAUUACGGUGGUUUCCCUGCAGUUCCAAUCCAUGAAUGGCGCAGACAAGUUGCUACCCACUGCCGAAUUGUGAAGAAGAAAAUUUCUUAAGUUGUGUUUUGACGCUUUGCGUAUCUAUUUGCUCAAAGUUGCAACUCUGAGGUUGCUGUUUGAUCUCAGCAACUUAACUAAGCGCAUAAAUGUUAAAUUUGAUAUAGUUUCUUUUCUUAACGGAUCUAUAGCUCAGCAGUGAGUUCUUGUGCACAGCUCAAAUGGAA